AUGCCUAUGCUUUGGAAGUCACCAUUCGACUACGUUGCAUCUGACUUGAUACAGAUAACCAGAAGAGCAAAAUGUCUAAUACAAAUAUAUUUAUCAUCUUUAUCGUCAGAAGACAAACUAUUACUCAAACAGCUUGGGUUCGAGUUUGAAGACAACUCCCCUCAUUUAUUUAAUUAUGCUUCGUAUUUGGACGAAUUGCAUUAUCUGGCGAUAUCGCGGACAAUGCAAAUGUAUUUUCUGGGAGUAGUGUUUAGGCAUUCCAGAGACGUCGAGGAUACCUUGAUACAACAUCUUUUGAAGACCCUUCUCUCCAAGCACACCUCAAUUCGUAACCUGAAGUUUGAGUAUACUUACCUCUCCGUUACCGAAGCCAAUGCGUAUUCUAAUGUUAUAUCUAGCAUUAUCAAAUCACAACGUCCCGGAUUAAAAUCGUUCAAGUUAGAGGCCGAUUAUCACAAAGCGGGAAUAAUUGCCGAGGCAUUGGAAACACAAAUCGGAAAGUUGGAAACUGUUGCCCUUGUCCGUUGCGAUUUUGUGGAUUUCGGAUUGAGAGAAUGGAUGGAAAAAAUGGCUAGAGCUGGGGUGCGAGUAAAAGUUAGGGACUGUAGGCUAGCCAAUCCGUCAACUGGAGAAGAACCAAUAGAGAAUUUCGUGUUGCUUAAGUAUUUAUAA